AUGUCAAGGGCGCUGGCAUCUGCAUCGCGCCUCAAACCUCAGAUUCGACUCUCGCAAGCCAUUGCCGAGUUCCAAGCGGAUCUGCCCAUCGAUCAAAAGAUCGAAUUUGAUAAACAUACAAGCCGCGCGUGCAAUGCUCCUCCCAGUACCAAUGAUGUCAUGCACUUGACUGCAGAAAUCGACCAACAGCUCUCUAGGAAGCACCGUCGAUGCCUUGGGACGCGAACUACGAGCUUUCUGCAAUCUGUCCAGCAGUUUGCAGGUCUUGGAGAUAUCAUUGUGGGAGGCUCACAGAAUAUGAUUGCCUGUGGUGUUUGGACGUUGGUUCGGAUGUCGCUGCUCAUGAUUCUCAGCUUUUCAUACUACUUUGAAAAAUUGUCUAAUAUUUUUAUGGCAAUCGGCCGCUCCGCACCGCGUUAUGAGAAACUGGCCCUUUUGUAUCCUCGAUCUGAUAGUCUGCGGUCAUGCUUAUAUGAAUACUUCAUCGUGGCUGUUCACUUGUGUCACCACAUCGUGAAUUUCACCAAAAAGUCUGCGUUUGGGAAGCUCGGCACAACGCUGAACGACCCGAAGUUGCAGGACUAUCAGUCACAGCUUGAGUCAUGGGCCAAGGAGAUCAAGGACGAGGUUAACUACCUCCUGGCGCAAAGAAUUGAGGAACAAGCUGAUGCCCAUACAAAAAUCUUGUCAGCAAAGUUCCGGAAGUCAAGUUCCCAUCAGCGUCGGAUGAAGGAAUAUCUUCGUGCCCUCAAGUUUUGCUCAACGUAUGACCACCUCACGCCAUGGAAGCAAACACGAAAGGCAGGGCGUACAUCCUUGUUUUGCCAAUGCCCCGAAUUUAUGCAGUGGAAGAACCGAAAAUCUUCAGGAACUCUGAUCCUGACCGGGCCUCUCGGAUCAGGAAAAUCUGUCCUGUUGGCCAACAUGGUUGAUUACCUCAACCUGAGUUUCCAGGGGAAGGACAGUUCUGUGAUAUUCUUCUUUUGCCGACAUGACCUCCCGGAAAGUUUACAACGACGAGUAAUAGUGGGCUCGCUGACGCGACAACUGCUAGAACAAGCCUCUGGACUGCCAGAAAAGUUGGGCGAUUGGGAGUUACCCGAGAAUGGUGAAUGGGAAUUAAUGCAUCGCCUGCUGAAAAUGGCGCUUCCGUCCACUUUCAAAGCCUGCUUGAUCAUCGAUGGCCUAGACGAGUGCUCUGCCACGGUACGGACAAGUGUGAUUGAAGAUCUCCGGCAUUUGCAAGACAGCUUCUCGAUAUUAAUUUGUGUUUCUCUGCGACAAAAGCCUAGAAACCCGCUUACUGUCGACCAGGAGUGGAAAUUUUUAGCCUCGAUCGUGAUUGCAGCGGUGCCUGAUAAUUCGACCGAUAUCGAAUCUUUCAUCGAGGAGGAGCUAGAAGCCCGCAUGGAAUCUGGAAGGCUAACUAUCGGAGACCCGGCUAUAAUUCUCGAAAUAGAAGACAGGUUACUGCAGGGGUCACAGGGAAUGUUUCUUUGGGUAGCUCUGCAAAUUGACAGUCUAUGCGCUAUGGACACCGAUGAGGCCAUCCGCCGCGCAUUGGCUGAUCUUCCUCCCGGACCUGCUUCCUACCGAAGAAGCAUUUUCGAGGUUAUUGCAUCCGCUCAUCAUCCCUUAACUCUCGAAGAAUUGCGGGAAGCCCUGAGUGUGAUCCCGGGCGAUACAACCUGGAACCCAUCGCGACUUCUUAACAAUAUUUUUGAUGCAUUGACCUGCUGUGGAAGCCUUCUGACACUCGACGAGGAGGGAUUGACCGUGAGACUCGUACACAGCUGUGUCAAGCAGUUCUUGAUCGACUCCCAAAGCCCAGCGGACUGGAGAUUUACGAUCGCUACAGCACACAGGCGCAUGGCCGAUAUAAUUAUCACCUAUCUGAACUAUGGUGUCUUUGAGACACAGCUCUCGAAACGGCCAGCCACACCCAAUUUAAGAGUGGAAUCAACACCAACAGCCAUCAUUCAAUCGACUCUUGGAUUUUCAAGUACGGCUAAGGAUAUUGCGGUCAAGUUACUUAAAUCCCGGAAAAAGCCUGGCUUUGACAUGGGCAAAGUCCUAGCGGAAAUGAAUGUUCUUCCACAGAACGAACCCGAGAACCAGUUCAGUUUUCUCUCUUAUGCAAGGACCCACUGUCUGUUUCACGUCAGCCUGACCGCGAAAGAACCACAAGAGAAACAUUUGCUACUCCGAUUGCUGCAUCGCAACAUUCUGGAUCUCGAAGCCGAGGAUACGAGGCAGCCUAUUCUGCUUUGGGCAGCUGAACAUGGCCAAGAAGAAAUUUUCCAGCUUCUACGUCAGCACGCAAAUUGGGCUAAUUUGAAUACAGCCGGCCCUGACGGGCGUACGCCACUGCACCGGGCAGCUCUGUUCGGCAAUGAAGUCGCAGUCAGGCACUUGCUCUCGCAUGAGGCCUUGGACGCAAAUAUGUGUGAUGAGAACGGCUGGACACCGCUGAACACAGCAAUUCGAUUUGCACCCGAGGCAGUGUGCAAAGCAUUGAUUGAGUGUGAAAAGGUCGACACCAAUAAAAAAGAUAGUUCCGGCCAGACGCCAUUGCAUGUUGCUGCUGGGCAUACCGGGACCGAAAAGAUCGUCGAGAUGCUACUUGAACGGAAAUCGACCGACCCCAGUAAAUUUGAUCCAGAAGGACGUUCGUCGCUAUACAAAGCAUUUGAAAAUCGCAACAUGGGCGUGGUUAAGGCGAUGCUGGAGUCUCGAAGGGUGCCUCCUUCACCGACAGGAUGGGGAAAUGCGAGAAACGCCCUUCACGAUGCGGCAAGGCUUGGAGAUGCAACUGUCACCAGACUCUUGCUAGGCUUCCAGGAAAUUAGCCCGAACAAAAAGGCCAUUGAUCUUAUAACACCUUUACAAGAGGCAAUUGAUCAUGAUGCUGAAGAAGUGGCCAUGAUUCUGAUUGAUUGUGAGGAUACUGAUGUCAAUGUGAAAGGACUCGACAGCCAGACCCCAUUGCACAGGGCUGUCGGGCAUGGAUCUGAAACGAUUGCCCUUCGUCUCUUGGAGACUGGGAGAGUUAAUGCCAAUAUUGAAAGCUCAAGCGGGAGCACAGCUCUGCAUAUGGCCGCUGCGAAGGGCCUUAUCAAGGUUGUCAAACGCAUGCUUGAACUCGAGGGCGUUGAUCCGAAUCACACAAACAAAAAAGGGAUUACUCCACUUCAUCUUGCCUUCAAACAUAAUCAGCACGCUGUUGCUAGAAUCUUGGUGAACUCACCGAGAGUCAAUCCGAAUAUUGAAGACUAUUACGGCAAAAUGCCACUCGAGUACAGUGCCUUACGACUCUCGACACCCAUAAUGCGGCUCCUUUUCAAUUCCGGGGAAAUGUGGCAAAUAGGUGCUAAUGUUGAUCUCAAUUGGACGAACGAUCACGGCCAGAACGUACUGCAGCGAGCCAUCGCAUGCAAGCCAAAAUCUGAGACAUUGGACCUGCUGCUACAGUUGUCUGAUGUUGAUGCUAGCCAUACUGAUCAGGAUGGUCGAACAGCUUUGCACACGGCUGUUAUAUAUGGAAAUGGAAUCGAAUUCCUACUUGACUCAGAGAGAUUUGAUGCUGUUUUGGAUUGGAGGGAUUGCAAUGGACAUACCCCUCAGGAUCUGGCAGAGACUUCGGGAAAUCCACGGAUUGUUCGGGCGAUUUCUUCAGACAACGCAGCUGCAAGGGCACAUAUAAGAGCACAUGCGAAACUGAAUAUCCAGAAGACGUUCUGUCUCUUAGAUCUUUGA